AUGUUCAUAUCUAUCUAUCUAUCUAUCUAUCUAUCUUCCUAUGUCUGUAUCACUUUGAAAAUAUGUUCAUAUCUAUCUAUCUAUCUAUCUAUCUAUCUAUCUAUCUUUCUUUCUUCCUAUGUCUGUAUCACUUUGAAAAUAUGUUCAUAUCUAUCUAUCUAUCUAUCUAUCUAUCUUUCUUCCUAUGUCUGUAUCACUUUGAAAAUAUGUUCAUAUCUAUCUAUCUAUCUAUCUUUCUUUCUAUGUCUGUAUCACUUUGAAAAUAUGUUCAUAUCUAUCUAUCUAUCUAUCUAUCUAUGUCUGUAUCACUUUGAAAAUAUGUUCAUAUCUAUCUAUCUAUCUAUCUAUCUUUCUUUCUAUGUCUGUAUCACUUUGAAAAUAUGUUCAUAUCUAUCUAUCUAUCUUUCUUUCUAUGUCUGUAUCACUUUGAAAAUAUGUUCAUAUCUAUCUAUCUAUCUAUCUAUCUAUCUUUCUUUCUAUGUCUGUAUCACUUUGAAAAUAUGUUCAUAUCUAUCUAUCUAUCUAUCUAUCUAUCUUUCUUCCUAUGUCUGUAUCACUUUGAAAAUAUGUUCAUAUCUAUCUAUCUAUCUAUCUAUCUUAUUAUGUCUGUAUCACUUUGAAAAUAUGUUCAUAUCUAUCUAUCUAUCUAUCUAUCUAUGUCUGUAUCACUUUGAAAAUAUGUUCAUAUCUAUCUAUCUAUCUUUCUUCCUAUGUCUGUAUCACUUUGAAAAUAUGUUCAUAUCUAUCUAUCUAUCUAUCUAUCUAUCUAUCUAUCUAUGUCUGUAUCACUUUGAAAAUAUGUUCAUAUCUAUCUAUCUAUCUAUCUAUAUCUGUAUCAAUUUGAAAAUAUGUUCAUAUCUAUCUAUCACAUUGUAA